AUGUCUGAAGACGAAUCAGAUAUACAGAUCGGUCUUUCAGAUCAAGGAGUCAUUGCUGUUCGACACAUCUCCAUUCGUCGAGAUGGAUAUCUGCGCUGUCUGGUUCAUCCAUACAUUCCAAAUCGGCUGUGUUGCUUUAAAUGCCAGCGAUUUGGACAUUCCCAAACAUCAUGUCGAGGCAAAAGUUUAUGUGCACAGUGUGGAGUUGAAGGCCACCAGGGUACUGAGUGUACAACCACUCCAUGCUGUGUCAACUGCAAAGAGGCCCAUCCUGCCUACUCCCGAAAAUGUCCCACGUGGCAAAGAGAGAAAGAGAUUCAGCGCGUGAAAACAGUUAACAAUCUACCUUACCCAGAGGCACGACGCAUGGUAAAUUUAAAUGCACCAGUGAAACAGAAGACAUUUGCUGCUGUUCUGAAAUCCACAAAAACAUGUGGAGUUCAGACAGACAUUUCUGUUCCAUCAAAUGAAUCUCUAACUUGCACGAAAAAUGUUUGCUAA